CCACGUUACAUCGUUAUGUUUUCUUUAUACUUACCUUCUCAUUAAUCGUUGUUUUGAUGUAGCUUAUAUUAGCUGUGCAUCGUCACUUUCCGUCAUUUUAGAUUUCUAGAUCCGUUUACAACGUUCUGCGUGUGCAAUGUGUUGUUGUUUUUGGCUAAUGUAGCAACAAGCUAACACGAGUUUCUUUUGAAUGACAUAACGAUGAAUUAUCGCACAGCUGAUAGUUUAGCUGGCUUUCAGUGGCGACCGUAAACGAAUCACUUUAUUGUCUUUUGUAGUGUCACCAUGUCGAAAAGAAAAGUCACGUUUGAAGACGGGGUCGGGGAGUUUGACCUGGAAGACGAGGGUCCAAAUAAGAAGAGCUGUGAGGCUGUCAGUGGACCAGGCUCCAGGUUUAAGGGUAAACACUCCCUUGACAGUGACGAAGAGGAUGAUGGAGAGGACACAAACAACAGCAAAUACAAUAUUCUUGACAAUGAUGAUGUGGAGGGCCAAGAAGGAGCGACUAUUGACUUUGACGAAGGAGUUUCUAUUACACCUUUCAACCUGGAAGAGGAGAUGCAGGAAGGCCACUUUGAUUCAGAGGGAAACUAUUUCAUCAAAAAGGAAACACAAAUUAGAGACAACUGGCUCGACAACAUAGACUGGGUGAAAAUAAAAGAGCAGCCUAUUAAGAAAAAGAAAGGUCUUGCAGCCAAACGGAAACGCAGAGUCGGUGAUGAAGAUGAGGCAGAGGAAGAGAAACGAAGGGAAGAACAGCAGGCAAACCAGGAGGAUGAAGAGGAGGAGGAGAUGCCUGCAGAGGACCCGUUGGCUGCCUACACUCAACAGCAGCUUGUUGAAGCUGUUGUUGAACUGCUGCAGCCUGGAGAAACGGUCGCCGCGGCGCUCCGUCGGUUAGGAGGCCUUGGAGGGCGCAAGAAGGGAAAGCUGAGAGAAGAAAACCUGUCCACAGAGGAAGCUUCAAGAGACACGGAAAAGCUGGAUAGGCUCACAGCUUUAGCUGACAGGCUGGUUGGAUCUGGGAUGUUUGAAAUCUAUCAGCAGAGCUAUGAAAAACUGGCCUACGUGAUGAAAAGCAUGACCAGCAAGAAGCCAGCAGUGAGGCAGACGAAAAGUGACGAUGAGGAAGAAGAUGAGCUUGACAUGUUUGGUGAUAAGUUUGAUGAGAAGAUUGGUGAGAAAGAAGAGGAUGACAACCAAGUGAGUGAUGAAGUGAUGUGGGAAUACAAAUGGGAAAAUGAGGAAAAAUCUGAGGUCUAUGGGCCAUUCACCAGCCAGCAGAUGCAGGGCUGGGUGGAUGAAGGCUAUUUUAGCAGCGGCGUCUACUGCAGGAGGGUGGAUCAGGACGGAUCUCAGUUCUACAACUCCAGAAGAAUAGACUUUGACCUCUUCACAUGAAUUAUGUACACCAUCAGAUGAAAAACAGCCCUCUUGAAUUUUGUCACCACUCAUGUUUUACUUGGAUUUUCUCUGUUUAUACACCAGGGUUUGGAGGAGAAUUGGUCCAUUCAUUUUAGCCCUGCCUUUGUUUUCUGCAGAUAGUUUUUAAAUAAAAGGCUUGUGUGCAUCA